UUGUUGGCACAUAUUUAGCAGUGUUUUUAACACACAUUCAAAAACAUCAAUAGAUAUUUAGAUAUUUUAUUUCAAUUAUUUUUAUCAAUUUUCAACUUAAUUUUUAAAUAACACGGCACUUGACUUUUAAUAAUAAACUACUAAUUUUAAAUCAAUUAUUAAUAAAUAAUUUUCUAAAACACUUUGCAGAAAAUGAAGAACUUAAGCCCAGAGAAGUGUAUUUCAAUUGCUAUAAUAAUAUCCAUAAUAUAUGUCUCAUUAAUUUCUGCAUUUCCUCAAAAUGAUAAAAGACUGCAAAGGAGUAUCAUUGAGAUCGAGAAUCCGGAACAAGUGAUGAAUGUCUUGGAAUCGUUGGCACAAAGUAUUGCAAACACUGAUUAUAACAGCUAUAAGAAUCAAAAACGUGGUAUCGAUUUAGGACUGAGUCGCGGCUUUUCUGGCAGUCAAGCGGCCAAACAUUUGAUGGGUAUGUCUGCCGCCAGCUUUGCUAACGGACCCGGAAGACGACGCAAGUGAACCAUUGUUAUGAUAUCUAACUUAUAAUAUCAGUGCAAAUCUCUGGCAACACUUUGAUGUCAUAUUUCAUAAUAAAUAUAAUUUUCUCAAAUUUC